UUAACUCAAAUGAGCCAUUUGAUCCAAUUGAUUUAACUGAAUCAGAGACAACUGAGGUUCUUUAUACUUUUUUUGAAGACACUAUAGAUGUGCCUGCUAUUUUAAUUAGAGAACUUGUACC